UGAAGCAUGGCCAUCGCCUGGGGCUCACCUCCACCUUAGAAAGCUCUCCUCAAGUUUGUUGACUUUGACUUCUGAGACAGUGCAAGGUGUACCCAGGGAGCCUGCCAGUCAUUGGGCGGCUGCCAUGACAUACUCCACACCUGACACUGCUCAGGGAGAAGCCAGGCGGCCUGUGCCAGCUUUCUAGUCGGAGAACAUCUGGUUCAGCAGGCAGGGUGUCAUCUCUGCACCCAGGAGACGAGGCUCGGCUGAUUCUGAUCCUUAGCUUCCGGAGCAGUGACACUCAGCCCUGCAGGGAGCGGCCGAGCCAGAGUCGGAGUAUGAUGCUCAGGAGACAUCUCUGCAAAGUUCUCUGCAUUGGGCUGACUCUCGUUAUUGUCUACAAUCUCCUCCUGGUAGUUUAUACCAAGAUGACUUUACAAAAGUUGAUUCUGGGUGGUGUCCAAAAGGAGCUUCACUUGCCUCUGUCUGAAUGGAACGGGACGGUGAUAAAGAAACUUUCUCACCUGGAGUCGGAGUUGCAGCAUCUGAAAGAAAGUAUGAAAUUGGCUAUGAAGCAACAAGAAAAUGUGGAUGACACACUGAAGAGGGUGAGAGAUGAACAACCUGUUCAAAAGGCAGUGGAAGCCAAGGCAAGCGAGACAAAGAAACACAGACCCAGAGAGAAACUCUUCCCAAACUCACCGCUUUUCAAGCAGUGGGGUGAGGAUCUCUCUGAGGCCCAGCAGAAAAGGGCCCAGGACCUCUUCCAGAAGUUUGGUUACAAUGUUUACCUCAGUAACCUGCUGCCCCUGAACCGGUCCAUCCCAGACACGCGGCAUUCCAGGUGUCUUCAGAAGACAUAUUCUUCACAACUCCCAUCCCUCAGUGUCAUUCUCAUAUUCACGAACGAAGCUCUGUCCAUUAUACAACGGGCCAUCACCAGCAUCAUCAACCGGACCCCCUCUCGAUUGUUAAAGGAGAUCAUCUUGGUGGAUGAUUUUAGCUCAAACGAAGAACUAAAGGCAAACUUGGAUGAGCUUAUUAAGCUUUACAACCAGAAGUAUCCAGGACUACUGAAAAUAGUGCGGCAUACCAAGAGACAAGGUCUUGCUCAAGCCCGCAACACUGGCAGGGAAGCGGCCACAGCUGAAGUGGUAGCCAUCCUGGAUGCUCAUAUUGAAGUGAACGCUGGGUGGGCGGAGCCCAUCUUGGCCCGGAUUCAGGAAGACCACACUGUGAUUGUGUCUCCUGUGUUUGACAAAAUUCACUUUGACACCUUUGAACUAGAAAAGUAUGGAUUGGCAGUUGAUGGGUUUAACUGGGAACUGUGGUGCCGUUAUGAUUCACUGCCAAAGGCCUGGAUUGAUCUGAAUGAUGUCACCGCUCCAGUGAAGAGUCCUUCCAUCAUGGGCAUCCUGGCAGCCAACAGGCUCUUCCUGGGAAAGAUCGGGUCUGUGGAUGGUGGAAUGCUGGUCUAUGGAGGAGAGAAUGUGGAACUUAGUCUGCGGGUGUGGCAGUGUGGGGGGAGAAUUGAGGUCUUGCCCUGCUCCCGGAUUGCUCACAUAGAGAGAAAUCACAAGCCCUAUGCCUUGGAUCUGACUCCUGCUAUGAAGCGCAAUGCUCUCAGAGUGGCCGAAAUCUGGAUGGAUGAGUACAAAUACAUGGUCUACUUGGCCUGGAACAUACCACUCCAGAACUCUGGAAUCGAUUAUGGAGACAUUUCUUCCAGAAUGGCACUCCGGGAAAACCUGAAAUGUAAAACUUUUGACUGGUAUCUGAAAAAUGUUUAUCCAGCCCUGAAGCCAAUCCACAACAUUGUAGGCUAUGGAAGAAUAAAAAACUCGCUGAGUGAAAAUGACUGCCUGGAUCGGGGCCCUUUUAAGGGCAAGACCCCCAUCAUGUAUUUUUGUAAUGAAUACAGUCCACAGAAAGUCUACUACCAUCUAACUGGGGAGUUGUACGUGGGAUCGCUGAUUGCAGAGGCAAAUGCUGAGGACUGCUGCCUGACAGACCCUGGCAGUGGGGAGAAUCCUACUUUGGAGCCAUGUUCCAAGGCAGCCCAAAAUGGACUGCACAUAUAUUGGGAUUUUAAGCCGGGAAAAGCCCUCAUAAACAGGGCCACCAAACGAUGUCUGGAGAUAAAGAAGGCUUCCAGUUACUAUAUGCCUGUGCUGCGGCCCUGCACCACACAAGUGUGGACAAUCCAGCACACCAUCGGAACCUGGGGGUCCAACUAGUAUCCAGCGAUCCUCAGAGAGCCUAGAUUUGAGACACCAAUUCUUGCCACUGAAUGGCUUCUACUCCCAAUUCUGUUCAGAGUGCCAGCGGGUGAGAGAAAGAAAAUGUGUGUGUGUGUUUACUGUGACUUCCGCUUGUGACACAGGAUGUGGUAGGGGAGGGCUGUGGAUGUGUCCUGGAGUCCUGGCCGGGGAGAGUAAGGAAACUACAACGCCUCACCCCAGCUUCCCUUGGAAUUAUAUAUAUCAAAUGCCAUUCUUGGAAACUCCUUGAAAUAACCACCUUCAUCUGGCUGGCAUGUGGGGGAGAGAGCCAGGAGGGUGGAAGAUUAUCUUUGACUUCCACCAGCGCUGGCUGGUCUUCAUUCCUGACGACUACGGUUGUCAUCUGUCCCUCACCUUCUCAUCUGCUCGGAGCUCCGCUGCCUUGGGGCUGCCACACUGCAGAGGCCCAGUCAUCACGGUGUCAACGAGACACCUACUCAGGGGCCGCCCACUCUCUGAAGCCAUGUCGCUGCUCUACUCUCUGUUCUGGUCUGUCCUGAAAGAUACAACAAAUAGACAAGGAAUCUUAGAAAUUCCUGCGUUUAUCCACUCACAGCAGUUUUAUUUGAUUACCCAGUCUCUCCAGUACCAACUAGGUUCCAGAGGCUGAGCGCAGCUCAUCAGCUCUGCACAGUGCAGAGAGAAUGGUGGAGACAUCCAAGUAUCUGGAUCUUUCUCCAAGUAGCUCACACUAUUUAAUAGAUUUGAUUACCCAUUUCCUUCCACAAUCCUGAAAAUUAGAGAAAAUGAGGUUUGAGACGGAGAGGCCUCACUUACUGGGACACAAAGGAAGGACUGUAGGACAAACUUGAAACCAGGACUCCUCACUGACAUCACUGGGUGAGUCCUUUCCCCCAGCUGGUGAGGUGGGAAGACAUGUCCAGGGCAGCCAGUUUGGGCUAGGUUAGAAGAUGGGAGCAGGCUCCAUGGGGGAGGGAAGGUAGAAUGACCGUGUGUGUGUGUGUGUGUGUGUGUGUGUGUGUGUGUGUGUGUGUGUUGUGGGCUCAGCUUUCAAGUAUGAACUUACAGAGUCCCUUCUUCAGGGGUCACUUUGCCCCCUUGUCUCACAUCAGAUCUAUGUGGGAAUCAUUAAUUUCCCUUUAGACAAUGGGUAAGCAAGACACUGUUAAUUGAGUGCAGAAUUAAAUCAGCUAGAAUUUUAAAAAAUAAGCUUUUAGAAGUGUACAAGUCAUAAUUGUACAGCUUGACAACAUUUUCACAGUGAACACGGUGUCAAAAAUGAAAACAAUGCCACAGAUAAGAUUUUAUCAUGAAAAAUUACAGAACAGGAAAAAUGUUAAGCAAAUGUAUAACUUCUAGCUUCUCCCUAGCAAAUUGAAAAAAAAAUGCAAUUCCUAGCAAAGUUUUUCAAAAAGCAUGUAUCCAAUAGAAAAAUAUACAAAAGACACAGUAUCUUAAACAUAUGAAAAGAUGUUUAACAUCACUCAUAGUUAGAGAAAUGCAAAUUAAAACUGUACUGAGAUAAUUUUUCACUUAAAUUGGUGAAAAUUAAAAAGUAUGACAGCACAUUCUGUUGGCAAGAUUAUGAGAAACAGGGAGCCUCACAUUGUGAUGUAGGGGUGAUAUAGGGGUACAAGCUGGUUCAAUCCUUUUGGAGAGAUAUUUGGCAAUAUCUAAAAAGAUUAUAUGUACAUUUUAAAUUUGUGCCAAUAAUUCUACUUCAAGGAAUUUACACCUCCAAAAAGAAGAAAAUAGUUAUGUACAAAGUAAUUAUUUGAGUGUUGAUAAGUGUUAGAAACAAAGUGUAUGCUCCAACAUCAGAGAGUGGUUGAAUACAUCACCACAGUGGAAUACUAUGCAGCUAUAAAAAGUAGGCACAUUUCUUCAAACUAAUAUGGAGCAAUUUCCAGUGUGAAAAAGGAAAAUGGCAUCUAUACUAUGUAUCUUUUAGGUAAGAAAUAAGGAAAAAUAUACAUGUACCAGUUUAUUUAUGCAAAAUGAAACAUAAAGAUAAAUCAGAAAUGACAUUGCUCACUGAUGGGUGGUGGUUGGAAAUAGUGUGGAAGGAACUGGGGAGGGGGAUAGGGUAGAAUGGCUGUGGGAGGAGUGAUACUUCUCAAAAUAUACAUUUUUUUUAUAGAGCAGGCUUUUAAAACCAUGUUAUAUUUUGUAUGCUCAAACAUAAAUACAUAAAACCAGUAGGGAAAGAGGGGAACACAAUGGGAUGCAAACAAACACAAGUGAACCUAACUAUAUUCCUCUAGUUUAAGUGAAUACACACUCACUCUAACCAUAUUCAGCAUUCAGCCUCCAAUUCUCGAUUCUGAAAUAUUUUCCAGUAAGAGGAAUUAGGGCUCCUUGGAGAUAUCACUGAUUUUAGGCUUGGGGGGCUGGAAUGUUUUGAUGGGGACAUGUCACAAUUUACAGCAGCUAGGCUCAAGGGGUUCCCACUGGCCAGAUCUUCGAUAAUUAAAAGAAUUAAAAUAAAUUAUUUUUAUUCAAUAUACUAGAGGCCUGGUGCAUGGAUUCGUGCACCGUUGGGGUCCCUUGGCCUGGCUUGCGCCCUCUCGCAAUUCGGUACCCCUCAGGUGAUGU